UGUAGGGGGUUACGGUUUCGCCGGGAGUACCGCCGGAGUUGUCACGUUAUCGGUGAGGUAGUUGCAACAGUUUGCUCGGGAACGGUGUGAGCGUGAUAAACGAUAGUAUUCUCGAAUGAUCUGGUGUUGCGCUCGCGAAAAAGAAGGAUCUCCGCAUUCGGCCGACGAGGAUCAUGUAUACCGUGUCAAAGGGACCUAGCAAGAUCGUAGCGAAAACACGUCGAGGGAUCAGUCAGAAUUUCGAGAGGUUAGAAACGCUGCGCGACCUCACGAAGAAGACCGGUCUUCCCGAGGAGAAUCACGAGAUCACCCGUCACGUACCAAAGCCAGUUUUUCACAUGAAUGGAAAGUCAAAGCUCACCUCACAGAGGCAUCAGAUGCAAGAAGUUAUCACACCGCAGCACGAGGAACUCAUCAAAUUUGUUUAUGAAUCAUGGAAUCAAGUUAAUACACGACAAACAAAUGACUGCUGUGAUGGCACAGAAUGUACAGAAUUUAGCAAUUCUAAUUCAAUAGUAUAUUACGAUGGUGAGCCAAAUAGUAGCCUUCAAGAUUUUAAACCAUUCGAUUUGGAGUCUUGGUGGGGCAAACGAUUAUUCAAUAAUAUCACGAAGUCUCUCUGAGACAUUCAGAUGGGUGAAACUGUUUCUUCCUGGGGGUGAAGUAUGAGAUAGUAUACAACAGCAGCUGGUGCCAUACAAAUUAGCCUAUGUGUCGCGUGUCGUGCGUGAUUUAAACCUGAUCAGGUCCUGAAAGUUGCUAUAAAAAUAGUGUUGAAUAUAGAGUUCGGAGGAGAUGAGCUCGAUAUGUAUAUGUAUCGAGUCUUAUCGAAUAACCGGCAGAAAUAUCAUUCAAAUUGCACAUAUAAUGCGCAUACAUAACGCCUCAAGGUUGCCGGGCAACAAAUAUAAAGUCGGAACAUGCGCGACAGCUUCAAAGCGUGCACGCGUGCGUGAGUAGUAGUCAAACCAUCGUUACUAUGAAUUGUUUACAUGCAUUUGUUUGUUAACGAUCUUUUUACGAAAUAUAGAGAUAUUUCUUUAUUGUCGCUUUAUUGUUAGAAUUGCUCAAUUUUAAUAACGCGGAGCGUUAGACACUCCUGUACAGAGAGAGAGAGAGACAGAGAGAGAGAGAGAGAGAGAGAGAGAGAGAGAGAAAC